AUGUCAUCAUUCGGAAUUAAGAACAAGCAGGACGAGAAAACAUGGGGCCAGGGCGCUUGUAGUCUUACAUAUAUACUAAUGUCAACCGAUGAGCUCAAGAUCAUCCGAGAACUGGAAAAAGACGUCGAGAGAGAUUUGGAAGAGGAAAUAAAAGAUGGCAUAUAUCGUCUUGCUUUUAAGCUGCAUCGACUAUAUCAACACCAAAUCGAAAGGUAUGAAAAUGAAUCACCUUACAAAAAAGAACAACAUACAAAGACGAACAAAAUACUUUCAGAGCUUAACAUUAAUAUACGGAUGAAAAGUGGCACCACUAUAGAAAUCAAAGAGACAAAAAAUGGAACCCCACAGAUUAGUCCAAAACUUUCUAUGAGUUCGGCAUCAGUGUAUACCAAAAGAAUUCCUCCUCCCCGGAAACAGAAGUUUAAUUGGGAAAACACACUUCGAUCAUCUGAUCAACCACUUUGUACGAAGAAUGAAAAUAUAACGACGCCGAAAUCAGAUAAAAAAUGUCCUGAAAGAGCUACGCGAAGUACGAAGGUCAUGGCACACAGAAAUGAACAACAUAUCAACCAAAAAAUCCUAACAAAACGUGGUACCAGAGAUUAAACUACGUCGGCUACUGUUAUAUUUAUAGGUUUGAUACCUAAAUCAUGGAUAGAAGUAUCGUGAAAUAUUUAUUAUUGUACGUAUUUUAAUUUGUGUGCAUGUUCCAUAAAAUGUAAUGAUAUU